GCGCGGGGCCGGGGCCGGGCGGGGGCAAAGUUUGGGGCGGGCCCGAGGCGGGGCCGAACCGGCGCCGAACCGGCCGCAAAGUCACUGGGAGCCCUGGUAGAGCCGAGCCCGACCGGGUCAGAGCCGGGCUGGGGCUCCGGGGGCUGGGAGCGGGGAGCGCGACCGGCUGGGGACGAAGCCCCGGGCGGGGCCCCCUGCGCUCCUGGGCCUCCGCGGGCUUCGGACGGUGCCCAGCGAGCGGGAUCCAGAGAAGGAACCGGCAUAAAGGGCCCAUAUAAAACAAAGCCAUGAAUCCUUACUAAAUCUUCAGACAGCAGGAGCUGUUGGCCAGAUGCUGCUGAAUACUUACAGGAGAAAGCUGAUUCGGAGACAAACGACCAGAAAUGUUUGGACACGUCGUCACUUUGGAUCUGUCAUCUGAGUGAGUGUCUUGACUUCAUGAGGCUUUGAAUUUAAGCCCAGGCUGGUAACCUGCUUUCGAAGCCGCGCAGGUGGGAGGAUGUCGAGCACAGCCCCGUCAAAGAAGCCUUACCGCAAGGCGCCCCCGCAGCAUCGCGAAAUCCGACAUGAGGUGCCCAUCAUUCGUGACGACCAGGACGGAGUGAUCUUGGCUGAGCAGAGUCAGGAACCCUUGACGGAUGCAGAAAGGAUGAAGCUGCUGCAGCAUGAGAAUGAGGAGCUUCGUCGACGGCUGACAUACGUGACUAACAAAAUGGAGGCAAUGGAGAGGGAACUGGAGUCAGGUCAGGACUACCUGGAGAUGGAACUGGGCCAAAACCGUGAGGAGCUGGAGAAGUUCAAGGACAAGUUCCGUAGGUUGCAGAACAGCUACACUGCUUCCCAGAGAACCAACCAAGACCUGGAAGAGAAGCUGCAUGCCCUGAUUAAAAAGGCAGAAAUGGACCGCAAGACGCUGGACUGGGAGAUUGUAGAGCUCACUAAUAAAUUGCUCGAUGCCAAAACCACCAUCAAUAAGCUGGAGGAACUCAAUGAACGCUAUCGACAGGACUGUAACCUUGCAGUACAGCUGCUCAAGUGUAACAAGUCUCACUUCAGGAACCACAAGUUUGCUGAUCUUCCCUAUGAGCUGCAGGACAUGGUGAAUAAGCAUUUGCACAGCGCGCAGGAGUCUGCAGGCCCUGGCCAAGAGGCAGCCCACACCUUGGCUCCGUCUGAUGUUGUGCCCACCUCAGUCAUCGCCAGAGUCUUGGAGAAACCAGAAUCUCUGGUUCUGAAUUCAGCCAAGUCUAGCAGUGGCAGCUGUCCCAUGGCUGAGGAUGUCUUUGUGCAUGUGGACAUGAGCGGAGCCCUUUCUGAUGCCUGCAACAGUGCAGGGCAGAUGGGGAAGGAGGGAGGAGAUGCGGGGAAGCAGCAGAAUGGUGGCUGCAAGCCGCAGAGUAGUGUGGAAAGUGUGCCUGAGGAGGUGCCUGCCUUUGAGAAGCUAAGCCCAUACCCUACUCCCUCACCUCCCCAUCCUAUGUACCCGGGGCGCAAAGUGAUUGAGUUCUCUGAGGACAAGGUAAGGAUCCCAAAGAACAGCCCCCUGCCCAACUGUACGUAUGCUACGCGCCAGGCCAUCUCCCUCAGCCUGGUGCAGAGCGAAGAUGAGAGCUGCGACAGGCACCGGACUCUCCCCAGCAGCCCUGCUUCAGAAGGGCGCCGUUCAGCCUCCAGCUGCUCCUGUCAGCAGUCCCCCAAAGCAGCCAGGGCUCACGGCUCUUCCCAGAGCAGCCCGUUCAGCAGCCCUCCCCAAAUCCCGAGCGCCUUUGCCAGCUCUGCCAGCUCUGAGGAGGACCUGCUGGCUAACUGGCAGCGUAUGUUUGUGGAUAAGGCCCCCCCCACCUCGGAGCGAGUGCUGAUGAACCGCACGGCUUUCAGCCGGGAUACAGCCCCCGAGCUCCAGAAGAGGUUCAGCCGCUCCAUGCAGGAAUUGGGUAGGGCAUCCUCAGCUUACUCGGAUGGUGAGGAGUCUGCACAGAGCUGCAGCUGGACCGUGAGCCGGGACUCAAGCGUGGACACAGACAGCACCGAGUCCAGAGCCCGCAGGAGCCAUUUCUCCUCAGACUAUGGUACAGAUUUCUCCCAGGAUGAAGCCCAGAAGCUGUUGCUUGAAAGCGGGGGAGGCACUGCUGAGCCUGAAAGCCCCUCACCAGAGAAGCACAAGGACUAUGUAGACCUUGGCUUGCCUGAGAGCCCAGGUGAAGAGAGAGAAAUGCUGCUCCAGGGAAACAAGGAGAGCAGCCAAGGAGGUGUCCAAGAGGAAAGUGGAGAAGGCAGGGUCAAGCCUCCUUUCAGUCGGCCGCACCGCAGCCCCAAGAGGAUGGGGGUGCACCACUUACAUCGCAAAGACAGUCUGACACAAGCCCAGGAGCAGGGCAACCUUCUCAGCUGAGGCACAGCAAGAAGCAGCCAUGCUUAGCAGAGCUGUGGGAUACCCCCAUCAGUCCGCCUGAGGGAGAAGCCUCCCUUAGUACCCUCCUCCCAGGGAAAAUCUGCUCUGAGGUUUUGUAUUUAUUCUCUUCUUUUGCUACCUGGAAGAGCUGGGAUCUCCCUUCCCUGGCACCUCAGACCCUCAGUACAAGCACACACAGUGUGCAGAAGCACACCCACUGCCCCAACACACUUGCAGCUCUCUUCACAGCCUCACAGUGGUGCCUGUACCAGAGCUAGUUCUUGGUACCCCUUGUCCUGGUGCCUGUGCCUCUUUUUGCUCUCAUCCCCCUUCCCACUCAGGUACCUGAGGCCCUGGGUGCUCUCCUGUUGUUUCCCCACAGAUGCUCUGCUCUCUUUUAACUUGUGCCAACAGGGCAGAGUGCCUGUGUGGUGGUGUCUGAUUCCCUGGGAGCCCCAGCGGCUGUGAGUGGGGCACAAGGACUCUCCCAGCAGAUGGCUGUGUGCCAUGGGGAUGAGCUGGGAUUGCUGGUGUCUCAUUUUGCUCCUGGAUUUUGUUUUCCCCAGCCACCCACUGGACGGGUCUUCAGAAUCUGCCUCUGUGGGUCUCUGUCACGUGUCUCCAGGGCUGGGCUCGGCACCUGGUCCCCACUGAAGCAAUGCACAGGGGCUGGUGCUGUGGUGUGGGGCAUGGGUGCUGCUUGCUGAGGUGGUUUGGGGAGGCAGUGCCUGCUGGGCUCUGGGGUUUGUAUUUGUGUGUCUCCUCCCUCACACCUCUUCCCCUGUUCUCUGUGCUGUUGUUUUGUUUGAACGGUGCUGAUGCUUUGCUCUUGGGUGGGCUUCUUUCUUCUUUCCAAGCCUUUGGUUUUGGGGUGUAUUGUUUUCUCUUUCCCCCACCCUGCAUAAACAGACACAGCCGUUGGCAGCCAGUCUGAUGCCUGCACUGAGGGUGUGUUGAGGAGUCUCAGCUAUCAGAGCUGCACUUCCCUCUGAUCCUGGCCUCCAGCCUGCAGAAACCCCUCCAGAUCUAAGAACAAGGUUUUGCCCCAGGCAAGCAAGGCAUGAAGGAUGCUACCGGGCUUUUCUGGGAAGGGCUUGGUGCAGGGCCAGCAGGGAUGUGAGGGCAGCAUGCUGAGGAGCUGCUCCCUGCAGAUGCACUACCUCAUGGCUCGGCAGCAGCCCUUCACCAGGGUCUCCUUGCACGCCCCCUUCUCUGGGGGGCUCCAGGCUCUGGUGCCUCUCUGGGGCCUCCCUUCCUGGGUAGGGCUCUAUGUGUGUUUUCCCUAGUGUAGUGUGAUAUUGUGUGACUUUUCUUCGCAGUCUUGUGUGCUCAGUGUCUUGUUGGGGGGGAGGGAAGGGUAGAGGUCUGUAGCUGUAGGUAUUUUUUGGGGGGCUUACAAAGCCCAGACCUCCUGUUUUAAUUUUGUCCUGUGCCCUUGUCUGUCUGGUGUUUCUUGGCUUCCAUGGGCGUACAGGGCAGAGAACAGCCCAGUUCCCUACACCAUACCCCCUUCAAACCCUGCCCUCAGCCUGCUGUCUGGUUUUUGAGUUGGGUUUGUGUUGUCCUCCCACCCUACACCAAACAGGCCCUUCAUGGGGCUGGAGGAGAGCAUCCUUCUCUCCAGGAGGGAGCAUCUGUUCGUAUGCUUACAUCAAGAUUUGCAGCCAAGAGCUGUCUGGGGGGCCUGCUCCCCUCCCCAAACCCCUGUCUCUGUAAAGGGCUUGCAGCUUGUAGCUGGGGCCAGCCAGGGCUUCAGCUUGAGCCUGGAGGCUCCAGGGCCAGUGAAGGGGAGCUGCAGGCCUCUCUGGCAAGUUGUGUAGGUUGUUUUAUGUACCCUGGGCAGAGCUGCUGCCUACACACUCACCUUGUUUCCCACCUGGAACAGUUGUAGAGUUGGAUGCCACCCUCUGGUGGGGAGGUGGGACUCAGUAUUUCACUGCAGUGUUUCGCUGUGCAGACAGGCUGAGUGGGAGCCUCCUCUGAGCCUGCAGAGUGUUUAUCUCCCCUGUCCCAGAUGAGGAGGGGUGGGGGGAUGUCCUUGUGCUUGUUGCCAUCAGCCACUCCACUGCUGCAUUUCUUUUGUUCUUCUGCAGCACUGCUGAGGGUUUGCAUCUGAAGCAGCUGCCAGAUCCUGCCUCACAGAUGUCACCUGGGCUUGGCUGCUCACUGAGUGAGCUGCUCUGAGGCUGCUGGUGGCCUGCAGCGGGGGAGGCAUUGUGCUCCAGAGCUCAGCCCCAUCUCCCCUGAAUCCUGGCAUGCUGGUCAGUGGACAAAACUUUUGCUGAGGCAGCUGGUGCUGAUGAUGCUGAACAGAGCUGGCUUCGCUCUGCUUUUGGUAAAGGCAGACUGAAAAGCAAAACAGUGAAGUGGAGGGGUGGCAAAGGUAUGCCCACCACCUCACCAGACACUUGUGCUUUGCAGCAUUAGGAUGCUGGCCGAGGUUGAGGGGGACUGGUGGCCUCAAGCAGCAACAGAGCCCCCUCUUGCCCUGUGGGCAUUGUGUCCUCUGCACUCCUGCCCACCUCCAGCAGUAUUGGCUCUGGGGCCUUGAGCCCAUCUGAGUUCCAGUGUCCCAACUCCAGACUGUUAAUCUGUAACUAAUGUGUUUUUUUCUGAGAUUUUCAAACUGAUGUAUAUUUUAAGACCAGAAAUAAACUAUUUUAAAAGUA